AUGAAAUAUGAGAAUGUGUGCUUUCAAGAUUUCCUUCAGCCACGAAAAAAGACCAUCCAUCUUCUGUGGCUCUUGAUGUUCCUCAGGAAUCUCCUAACUGUGACUACCAGACAAAUACUUCCUCAGGGCUUUAUUUACGCUUCUUAUGAGGUAACUAUCCCACAGUUAUUAACUUUAAAACCUGGACAACAGGAACAACAGAAUGUCACUUGUCUCCUUCAGUUUGAGGGAAAGAAAAUCAUCAUGCACCUCACACAAAAAAAGAAUUUCGUUCCUAAGCAUUUGCCCAUCUUCACCUACAGUAAGGAUGGGGAUCUGCAGCUGGACUAUCCAUUCUUCAGGGAUGAUUGCUACUACCAUGGUUUUGUGCAGGACAGGCCCUUCUCUCUGGUCACUCUCAGUACUUGCUCAGGAGGUCUCAAAGGCAUACUGCGGUUAGAAAAUAAGACAUAUGAAAUUGAACCAGUACAGGGAUCUCCUACCUUUCAGCAUGUGAUAUUUCGUUUAGAAGAAAAAGAGACUGCUAUCCGAAUGAGAUGUGGCUUAACACAGGAAGAGCAAAAACAUCAAGAGACCAUGUUCCAAAACAUAGAAAAUAUAGUUUCCAAAACUGCAUCCAAAGGAGACUGGUGGCUACGCACUCGAUAUGUAGAAAUUGCUUUUGUGAUUGAACAUGAACGUUAUUUAAUGUUUGCCAGAAAUGAAACUGUUACUGCUUUGCAAGUUCUUGACAUUAUUCAUAUUGCCAAUUCUUUUUAUGAACCUCUUUCUAUUCAGUUAUCUGUAGCUGGACUGGAAAUCUGGUCACAAAAGAACUUCGUAACGAUUUCUCCUGCCAUAGAUAGCACUCUUCAGGAUUUCACUGACUGGAGGAGAGACUUCUUGGUUAAUCAUCUAAAAAGCGAUGUUGGUCACUUAUUUGCAUAUAAGUCUUUUGAAUUAUCACUUGGAUCAGCUUAUGUAGGUACCGUUUGUGAUGAAAGGAUGGGAUCUGCUGUUAUCUCGUAUAAGACUACCAGUUUGUCCAUUAUCAGUAGCAUAUUUGCCCAUGAAUUAGGGCAUAAUCUUGGUAUGCAGCAUGAUGAACAGUACUGUAGUUGUGGUAACGCUUACUGCAUUAUGGCUCCAGUUCACGAAGUGACUGAUAAAUUUAGCAAUUGUAGUUACAAUGACUAUUUUCUCACAAUGAAUGCUCCAUGUUUGUUAAGUCCUCCAGACCCUGAUAGAAUCUUUAAAAUCAAAUCAUGUGGCAAUAAAGUGGUAGAUAAGGAAGAGCAAUGUGACUGUGGUUCAGAAGCUCAAUGCAAGCUGGAUCCAUGUUGUCAGUCUAAUUGUACAUUUCGUUCUGGUGUCAGUUGUGCUUUUGGUGAGUGCUGUGCUAAGUGUCAAUAUCUUAAGUCUGGAACUAUUUGCAGAAAGAAGACUAAGUAUUGUGAUCUUCCCGAAUACUGCAAUGGGACUUCUGAGUGGUGUCCAGAAGAUGUUUACAUGCAGGAUGGUGCCCCAUGUAGUAACGAUGCGUACUGUUAUCAUGGGAACUGCAUAUCUGAAGAUACACAGUGCAAAAUGAUUUUUGGCUUCAGUGCAAAAACUGCUACAGAUGUUUGCUUUAGAGAAAUGAAUGCUAAAGGCGAUCGCUUUGGCAAUUGUGGCUUUAAACAUGGAAUUUACCACAAAUGUCACACUAAGAAUACCCUGUGUGGCCGAAUCCAGUGUGAAAAUGUCCAAAUCUUACCUUCUUUGGAGGAACACAGCACCAUAAUUCAAGUCCCCCUUGGUGAUAAGCAGUGCUGGAGUACAGACUACCACAGUGGAAUGAAGACGGCCGAUAUUGGAGCAGUGACAGAUGGAAGUCCUUGCGGCAAAGAGAGGAUGUGCAUUAACAGGAAAUGCGUGAGCGUGUCUCUCUUGAAUUAUGACUGUAACUUCACCAAGUGCUAUAAUCGGGGAGUAUGCAACAGUCAUAAACAUUGUCACUGUGAUUAUGGCUGGGGUCCUCCAGACUGCCUGAAGAAAGGGCAUGGUGGUAGCAUUGAUAGUGGGCCUCCUCGACCACGCAAACGUUUAACCACUAUUGCAAAAGCUGGGAUUAUUGGAGGGAUUAUAUAUGUCCUUUCUUCUGCUUUUGUUCUGGUUAGCGUAGGGAUAUAUUUCAGAUACGGAUUUGUUCGCUUAUUUAGAAGGCUUAGAAGAACUGAGUCAACCACAGAAGUGAAAGCCAAUCACAGAAAUGAAGUAUAUCAAAUACGUUCAGAAGAGUUAAUAGAUAUUAUUAUAUAAAAUGUAUUUGAGCCUCUGGGAUUUGAGUAUUACUUUAUAAUGCUGGGAAAAAAAUUGAACUUAAUUUCAGGCAGUGUCAUUUGUAAAAGUUAUGUUUUAUUGCGUGGGAACCAACUCUCUGGUAAAUGCUGAAAACAUUUCAUUGGGAAUUUACUACAUUAAUUAAUUACCAAAGAAGAAGAAGAAAAUAAUAAUAAUCUAACAUUGCCUUUUCAAAAUUCUAGCUGAAACAUAGUACGUACGGGUGUUUAGGAAAAGCUGAUCCUCCUGAAGCAGGGUCUUCCAGCCUGGCAGUCAACUUCAUAGCAGCUAUUGCUCAAAGAGGAGAAAAAUGUUGCAACGACAAAAAACCAACAUCAUCACUCAUGGUUUUUAUGGAUUGCACAGGUAUCAACCUAUAUCGCAUCUUUAUCAUCAUCUUUCCCAUGUCCUAGACUUAUCUUCACAUCAAGGGCCACCUGUACAAACAGCACACACACUGUGUAGGAAAAUCCCAAGCAUGAACACGGCAGAUGGCAGCGAGUUCAAGAAUGGAAUCUGCCCUGUGUGCUGGAAGACUCCAUGGAAGAAUCAAAUUUGAGGAGAGAAUUUCUCUUGAUAAGAAGUCUUCUUUAUAUAAGACACCCCUGUGUUUAGAACUGAUCGCUAGUCGUCCGUAGUAUGAGGGACACUGAUACCUUCCUUUCCUCAUAAUUUAAACAUUUCAUUCAUGAACUACAAUAAAACCAAGCACCAACCCAUCCUCCAGUGUUAUCAGAGACAAUGAAUGGGAAAUCACACAAGACUACUGAAGGGGUCAGGAAGAUGUCUUUUAUCCACUCUCAGUGAGUACCUGCAAUUUGGGGGCACUUUUAGAAAAGAUAACAGACAGUUCCUAGUUCUUGGGGUUCAUGAUGAAGAACCCCAAUAGAGGCUUUUUUCCCCCUAAACUGAAAUGGACAUUUGCAAUGGUUCAAGAAAAGACAUUAGCCAGUGAAACUGCACUGCACAAGUGACAGAAACCAGAAAGAGAAACUAAGGUACAUGGUAUGGCACUGAGUGGAUUAAAAAUGCAAAGCAACGAGCUCAGGUAACAUAAGAAAUGCCUUCUUCGCAAUCACUGAACAUAGAUUCAGACAUAUCAAUCUCUGCUUACACUGCGGAGGAUUAUAUAUUCUGUGCACAGAUUGAAGGAUGUGGAAUGUAGCAGUUUUUCAAUAAGAUGAUAUGCUGUACAAGGUUCUUUAGUAUGACCUCACCGCUGUACUAAAGUCAUAUCACCUAGUUUCAGAGGAACUUGAUUUUUCACAGGAUAAUGAAGAUCAGCAGCUGCAUCAUGUUCAGAAUGUGUGUAAGAAGUAGCCAAGAUGAUGUAACAAUGUUAAUUGAAGCUUAGUAGAUCUGAAAUGGAUGUUGACUUGUUGUGGACUACAUUAUGCAUAGUCAGCAAGGUUACUUUAUUGCAUAUUUUCAAA